GGGAUUGAACAGCUUGAAAAUUAGACAUCAUGAGUAUGAUCCUUGAUCUUAUAUUUACCGGUACUAAUGUACUUAUUUUCCUGUUGAAGUUCUCCAUAGCCCUUGACAGCAUUAGUUCAUCAGAAUCUAUGGGUGAUGGAAAGACAUUGGUCUCCAGAGAUGGAACCUUUGAGCUCGGUUUCUUUAGUCCUGGCUUUUCCAACAAUAGAUACUUGGGAAUAUGGUACAAGAUCAUCCCAGAUAGAACCACUGUUUGGGUUGCAAACCGGCUUCAUCCUAUCAAUGAUUCUUCUAGCUUGUUAAAGAUAGACGACACCGGAAAUCUUGUAAUUCUCAGAAAUAACAGUGAUAUUGUUGUUUGGUCUUCAAAUACAACAAUAAAAGCUCAAAGUCCAAUACUACAACUUCUGGAUUCCGGGAAUCUGGUCUUACGAGACAAAAAUGAUGGAAAUAAUGGAAUCUUAUGGCAGAGUUUCGACUAUCCAUGUGAUACAAUGUUACCAGGAAUGAAGCUUGGGUGGGACUUAAGGACAGGAUUUGAUCGGUAUCUUUCAUCUUGGAAGAGCUUGGAUGAUCCAUCUCCUGGAGACUUUACUUGGGGGGUGCAACCAGAGGGUAACCCUGAGAUGGUAAGCUGGAAGGGCUCAAGCAAGUACUACCGGAGUGGCCCAUGGAAUGGAAUUGGAUUCAGUGGUGCCCCAGAGAUAAGGCCUAACCCAUUUUUUAGUUUCAGUUUUAUCUCAAACGACAAGGAACUGUACUAUACAUAUAAUCUCAAUAAUAAAUCUAUAAUCACCAGGAUAGUUUUGAACCAAACAACGUAUCAUCGUCAGCGAUACAUAUGGAGUGAAGAAACUCGAAGUUGGAUUCUAUAUGUUUCCGUGCCGAGAGAUUACUGUGACAAUUAUGGUCUUUGUGGUGCAAAUGGAAAGUGCAUUACUAGUGCCAUGCCGGUCUGUCAAUGUCUAGAAAAAUUCAAGCCAAAGUCACCAGAGGCAUGGAACACAAUGGACUGGUCUCAUGGGUGUAAGCGAAAUAAGGAAUUAGAAUGUCAUAAUGGUGAUGGGUUCAUCAAAUUCGACGGGCUCAAAUUGCCGGAUGCUAAAGAUUGUUGGGUCAACAAAACUAUGAAUCUCAAGGAAUGCAGGGCUAAAUGCUUACAAAACUGUUCUUGUACGGCGUAUACAAAUUUUGAUAUUAGAGGAGGAGGCAGUGGCUGUGCUAUUUGGUUUGGUGAUCUGAUGGAUAUCAGACAGGUUUUGGCUGGAGGCCAAGAACUAUAUAUUCGGGUGCUCGCCUCAGAAAUAGCUGACCGUGAAGAGGCUAAAGCUAAACCUAAAAUGAAGAUUGCAGUGAUAACUACAGCUACCAUUUUCGUGGUCUUGGGGAUACUAGCGGCCAGCUAUUGCCUCUGGAAAAGCAAGGCAAAGUGUUCAGAUAGAAUGGAAAACUACAGGAAAAAUGAUCAUGAGAUCGAUGAUGGACAAAAGGAAGACUUGGAGUUACCACACUUUGAGUUCACAGCAGUAGCUAAUGCCACCAACAACUUUUCAAUCAACAAUAAGUUGGGAGAAGGCGGAUAUGGACCUGUCUACGGGGGUAUGCUAGAAGAUGGACAAGAAAUUGCUGUGAAGAGGCUGUCAAGGAGUUCCGGGCAAGGAUUAAAUGAGGUCAAAAAUGAAGUGAUACUGAUGAAAAAGCUUCAGCACAGAAAUCUUGUGAAGCUUCUCGGUUGCUGCAUUCAGAGAGAGGAGAAAAUGCUGAUUUAUGAAUACAUGCCCAACAGAAGCCUGGACUCCUUCAUUUUCGAUCAGGCAAAAGGUAAACUGCUAGGCUGGUCCAGGCGUUUCAACAUUAUCUGUGGGACUGCAAGGGGGCUUCUCUAUCUACACCAAGAUUCCAGAUGGAGAAUCGUACAUAGAGAUCUCAAAGCAAGUAAUGUCUUACUUGAUAAUGACAUGAAUCCAAAAAUUUCUGAUUUUGGUUUGGCUAGAAUGUUUGUGGCUGGCCAAACUGAAGGCGAGACAAGCAAAGUGAUCGGAACUUAUGGUUACAUGGCGCCAGAAUAUGCUACUGAUGGUCUAUUCUCAGUGAAAUCUGAUGUCUUUAGUUUUGGUAUCUUACUGCUUGAGAUAAUAAGUGGAAAGAAAAGUAGAGGGUUUUACCAUCCAGACAAUAGUCAAAGCCUUAUUGGACAUGCAUGGAGAUUGUGGAAUGAAGGCAAAGCAUUAGAUUUGAUUGACUCACUGAGAGAUGAGUCACACAAUCCGUCAGAAGUGAUGAGAUGUAUACACGUUAGCCUCCUAUGCGUGCAACAACAUCCAGAUGACAGGCCAUGCAUGGCCUCUGUAGUAUGGAUGUUGGGAGGAGAGAGAGCAUUGCCUAAGCCCAAAGAACCUGGUUUUCUUAAUCACAGAAGUCCGCACGAAUCAAGUUUCACUUCCAGCAAUUUUGGAUUAUCUUCAACCAAUAAAAUUACCGCCUCACUCUUAGAGCCUCGGUAGCAAAUUGCCGAAUCAAAUUUUCACCAAUUUCAUAAAGUGUAGAAUGUUAGACUUAUAUGGCUUUAUCUGAUUAGCUAGACUGGAAUUAUAUUAAGGUCCUGUUGAAAACUUUGGAGCUGGAUGAUCAAUUGUUCUUAUUGUGUUACUGAAUUAGGUUCAGUUUUCCAUA